GAGCGAGAGAGGCAUGAAGGUCAUCGAAAACAGGGCCAUGAAGGACGAGGAGAAGAUGGAGCUCCAGGAAAUGCAGCUGAAGGAGGCGAAGCACAUAGCGGAGGAGGCUGACCGCAAAUACGAGGAGGUCGCCCGCAAGCUGGUUGUCCUUGAGGGAGAGCUGGAGCGCUCAGAGGAGAGGGCAGAGGUGGCAGAGAGCCGAGUGAGACAGUUGGAAGAAGAGCUGCGGACCAUGGACCAGACUCUCAAAUCCCUCAUUGCCUCAGAGGAAGAGUAUUCCACCAAGGAGGACAAGUAUGAGGAAGAAAUCAAGCUUCUAGGGGAAAAACUGAAGGAGGCUGAGACCAGGGCAGAGUUUGCAGAGAGGUCUGUGGCGAAGCUGGAGAAAACCAUCGAUGAUCUAGAAGAGAGUCUGGCCAGUGCCAAAGAGGAAAACGUGGGCAUCCACCAGGUCCUGGACCAGACCUUGUUGGAGCUGAACAAUCUCUGAGCUGCCCUGGGGAGCCCCCCGGCCCUCUUCCCUACUCCACACAUGCACCCCACUGGCACGCUCAGGAUGUCAUCAGCUGAACUGCGCCUUGGCCAAAUCCACACAUCCAUUGAGAAGGGAAGCCCUGCAGCCUUACACUGUGGCUCGGGGGCAUCUUGUCUGUGCACAGCCUGACUGGCUCUGUCCUGUGUUCAUGUCCAAAUAUUAAAGCAGUUUGACAAGA